AUGGCGUCCGAAAAACAGCGGAAACUGGAUGCAGAUCUUAUCAAAAGAUCCCAGCAGUUGGUGUACAAAAUUUCUCACGGUUGCCAGUCUGAGCGUGGCUUUGGUGGAUUUAGCCUGUCACUAUAUGAUACUUCGUGGGUGUCAAUGGUCAGGAAGACAGACUCUGCGGGGGUCCGUCAGUGGGCUUUCCCAGAGGCGUUUGCAUACGUUCUUCGCCAGCAACACGAAUCCCCGGGAACAAAUUCAUCACCUGUCGAUGUGAUCCUCAAUACAAUGGCUAGCCUUCUAUCGCUAUUAGAGCACCGUGCCACGGAUGCUGCCGAAGGCAGUGUUAAUAUACAGCCCAUGGAUUAUGAAUGGAGAGUGUCCCAUGCCAUCGCAACCCUCUCCAAAGCACUAAGCAGCUGGAAUGUUGGAUCUAGUCUCCAUGUAGGGUUCGAGAUCUUGAUCCCAUCUCUCCUUGAUCAACUAGCACAAAGAGGCGUCAACCUAGAUUUCUCUGGGAAAAGGGAAUUGGAAGAGCUUCAACAACACAAGCUGUCAAAAUUCAGGCCGGAAAUGGUGACAUCGAAACAGCAAAGCACCCUUCUACAUUCAUUAGAAGGGUUGAUUGGCAGGGUGGACUUUGGAAAAUUGAAACACCACUGCACUGUCUAUGGAGGCAUGAUGGGAUCUCCAGCGUCAACCGCAGCAUACCUUAUUCACUCUCCAGUAUGGGAUGAGGCUGCCGAGCACUAUCUUCGAAAUGUUGUUCAGAGCUCUGGAGGCGCACCCAGCGCGUUUCCAACUUCAAUUUUCGAGACCUCCUGGUCAAUAUCAACACUACUGGCAAAUGGAUAUACAAUUGAUAACUUUUCAAGUGAUAACAUGAAACAUAUCACCACUUACCUUCAGCAGCUCUUUGUAAGGCAGCAUGGGCUACUUGGAUUUGCGCCUACAUUCGUGCCAGAUGCCGAUGACACAGCUCGGUCUCUCCUUGCCCUAUCACACCUUGGGAUAAAAAUAGAUCCAUCUUUCAUGGUAGAGUAUUUUGAAGCCCCAAAUCAUUUUCAAACCUACAAACUAGAGCGAGAUCCAAGCUUCAGCGCAAAUGCCAAUAUUCUGUUGUGUCUGUUAGGAGCCCCAAACCCCAUGGACUUUUUUCCACAAAUUGAAAAGACCACCAGGUUUCUAAUCACCAUCUGGGGAAAUGGUGGGUUACAGGAUAAGUGGAAUCUAGCGUCUGAGUAUAGCCAAAUGCUUCUGGCAAAUGCAUUACUUGACCUCAUCGCAGCAUGGAGUGAGGGACGUUUGACAAUGUUGUCGACAGAAGUACUAGUCAGAGUAGAUAUCUCGAUUGUUCUCUCCCAGCUGUUUUCGAAGACCUUGCUUCGCCAAUGCGAAGACGGUUCAUGGGGGAAUUCAGUUGAGAGGACCGCAUACAGUGUACUUCUUCUCGCAUACAUUUUAAGGCUACCAUGGCCACUACCACUUCGUGAGCUUGCUUGUGCCUCGUUACUAAGAGGAAGAAACUACCUGACACUUCAUGCAAAUGAGUGGUCAAAGGGGGACUAUAUCUGGAUCGAAAAGGUAAAUUAUCGACUGCCUAUUCUCUCCGAAAUUUAUUGCCUAGCUGCAAUGAAGGUCUCCGUGGAAGAGAGGGUGUGGGCCUCCGAAGUUACGGAUAUUUUUACAAUGCCAGAGAAACAACUUGGGACUAUGCCAAAUUUCCUUGGGAGGCUGCCCAUUUUUCGACAUACUUCUCCAGACACGAUGCUUUUGGCUACAGCAGAGGCUUGGUUCUAUCUACACAAAUUAAAGACAAUCCGAGUCGACAUUUUUCCGCGGGACAAUAUUGGCAUGAGCAAGGACAAAUAUUUGGAUUUCAUUCCAAUAUGCUGGACCAGUGUCAACAUCACAACAGGCUUUCCUCUCUCAGGCGAUGUCAUUUGGAAUAUGAUGGUCAUCUCGAUGCUCAAUUAUCAAGCCGAUGAGUACAUGGAAUCAGUGGUGGGAAGCCUCCCGGAGUCAUCCUUGUCCGAGCUCAAAUAUGAAAUCGGAGUUGCAUGCUCGGAGUCGUGUUACGAACAGACGCAUUCACCACAUCUCUCUGAGGUCUCAGAAGUGAUUUUAAAGUACAUCAGACAUAUUCGGGAUCACCAGUAUGUUGCAGCAUGCCCGGAAUAUGCACAGAGGGAAGUCGCAGAGGAACUGGAGAAAUUUCUCAAUGCACAUAUGGCGCAUAAUGCGGACAACAAGAACAACGGUACAACAAACUUUGAUAAAGGCAAAUCAUACUUCGAUUGGGUUCGGACUACAGGAGCCAACGACACUAGCUGCCCUUAUUCAUUUUCAUUCUUCACGUGUCUCAUCAGCCGUGGCAUGUCUUCCGCUAAGCAGAGAUAUUUUGCUAGGGCUUUGGGUCUGCAUCUCGCUACCAUGUGCCGGCAGUACAAUGACCUUGGAUCCUAUUCUCGGGACAAACAGGAGAACAAUCUUAAUAGUCUGGAUUUUACCGAUUUUCAUGAUGGUAAUACUUGCGAAACUUGCGAAUGCUCGGGUCCUCCUCGCAAGCAAGAUCUGAUAGACAUUGCAGAGUUUGAGAGGACAUGCAUGCAAGCUUGCUUUGCACAUCUAUCAAGCGAGAUCAGUGUCACGACAUCAGCACAGAUCAAAGCAUUUAUCAACGUCACUGAUCUGUUUGGGCAAAUAUACGUUGCGAAGGACAUUGCCAGUCGUUUGAAGAAAUAG